AUGGACGACAUGCUGCGGUCUCCGGAGCACGAGCGGCAGCUCUUGGCCCUGAAGCAGGUGGCCAGAACGACCUCGAAAGGCAUUGGGGGAGCUUCCUCGUCGUCGGGCUCCUCCUCCGACUCAGGGUCAUCCUCUGGAUCAGACUCGGAGGCCGAGGAAAAGGAUGAAGGCAAGAAGCCUCAUGGGGUUCUCUCCUUGUUGUCCAACUCCAUCCAGUCCACACUUGCCCAGGCCAGAGACAAGGGCUCACUGUCGAGAGAGGAAGCCAAGCAGGUGAUGAUGAAAAUGGCCCUGCUCAGGAGACUCGAAAGCAAAGCUCCAUCCCUGAGUCCGGAUGCGGCCGCUGCGGACAACGUCGGGUGUACCGCCGUCUGCGUCCUUCUCAGCGACUCGGAGAUCGUGUGUGCGAACGCAGGCGACUCGCGAGCAGUCCUCUGCCGUGAUUCGAAACCGGUCGAACUCUCCCAGGAUCACAAGCCAAACGAAGCCGGCGAGCGCGAGCGUAUCGAAGCUGCCGGGGGCCGCAUCGAAGAGAUCCCCGUUGGCGUGCGGGUUCACUACCGUGUCAACGGCAACCUGAACCUCUCGCGUUCUAUUGGAGAUUUCGAGUACAAGAAGCAGCCCAGCCUGGGCCACGAGCGGCAGAUGAUCUGUUCGACGCCCGACAUUGUCAAGAUGCCCUUAAGCAAGGAGGACGAUUUCGUUGUUCUGGCAUGCGAUGGGGUAUGGGAUGUGAAAAGCAAUGCGGAUGUCUGCGAAUUCAUCGGCAAGCGAUUGGCUGCCGGUGAGGAGAUCGUGCAGGUGAUAGAGGGAUUGCUGGACGGCUGCAUUGCAGAGGCGUUUCCCGGUGCUGUUACGAUCGGUCUGCAAGAUGCGACAUUAAGUCUGGAACAGCGCCUUAUGGCUAGCUGCAUGCUUCUACCGAGAUGGCAGACAGACAAGACAGGCAAGUGCGAUGGUGUAUCAAAGCGAGUUGCGGCUAGUCACGAGAUGCAAGGGAGAAAACUGGUCGGCACCUAUCCAGAAGCCCCCAUUGUUGUGCUUCGUUUUAAAGGGGGUCAGACUUGGUCCCCAUGCGCAGCCAGCAGUGCCUUCCUGCUUGGGAUGGCUUUCCUUGAUGUCGGCCACUCAGCGGCCGUCGGAUUUCGUGACUUUGAGCGGCGACUUGGCCAGGAGAUCUCAGAGCCGAAGCUCAGGCAGCUUGAUCUUCCUUCAACAGCAACCAAGGCCCAGAUCCGCGCGGCUUACCUUCGAAAAGUGAAGGUGCUGCAUCCUGAUGUUGCAGGCAAGUCUGCGGAGGAGAGGUUUUGUCAGCUGAAAGAAGACUACGAACAUGGCAUGGAACAGCUGAAGAAGGGUUCCAUCUAUGGCCACAAUACGCAACGUCAUGGCAGCCAGCCCGAACAUCCAUUUUACCAUCCACCUCACCACCACUCUUAUCAACAUCGCUAUCCUCACCAUCACCACCAAGAGCACCAUCAUCAGCGCCACUGGGACCCCUAUUCAAGCCGGCAUGGAGCCGGCCAAGGCGACUUCGGGGCGCUUCAAAGAUUGCGAAAUGUGGCACUGGGCGCAUCUGGUGUCUUUUGCCUUGCCAUCUACUCCUUGUCGCCGUCGACCCACGCUGCCAUGGCCCCUGGCUUUCCCAUCCAGGAUCAAAGGAACGUCGAUGACGAGGCAUCAAAGGAUGCCAAGUCAAGGACGGUCGCCGAGCGAGGAGCCGCACCGUUCGUUCGGACAAAAUCUGACUACUACAAGAGCCGUUUGACAAGAAGUUCUGUGCGCGUCAGAGGUGGCGACUGCUACAUUUCGCCCUCAGCCGCGAGAGGCGCGACGGCAUUGAGUACGCCGCCGCGGCCUGAGGAGCACCAAAAAUUCUUGCAGUUCCAGGCCCCCUCACAGAUGGUCUUCGCUUGCAAGGCUGAUCUUGCUGUCGUUGCAGACUGCAAGCGUGCUUCCCGCACUAACGAAACGUACGAGAACAUCCGUGCCUUCGGGCAAGCUGAACCAGAUGCUGACAUGGGCCCUCCUGAUGGUCCUGGCCAGGUGGCUUCUGCCGGAGAUGGAGAUGGAACCGGAGCAAUGGCUGGCCCAGCCUUUACAGAGCUCCCGCCGGUGCAGCUUCCAGCUGCGUACCCGGACUACCCUGCCUUUAUGGAAAGAAACGCAACAAUGGCAUUGCGAGAGCUGUGUUUCUUCUUCCUGGCGGACCACCUCAUGCGCAACCACCCCAACCGACGCGUCUCCACGGCAAAGUACAAUGCGCAACACGAAGUCGCGGCAACCAGGAUCCCGGAGACCUCUAUGCGUACGUUUACGUACAGCUGGAGGAAGGGCCUGCAGCGCGUCUGGAUGCGGCGUAUACAGCACUGGCUGAGUUAUGGAACCGAGGGGUUCCGGAGAACGAUGUAUCGUGGCUGGCUCAUGUGGGGUCCUUCCAGGUCCAGCCUCCGACGCCAUUUGGAUGCCAGCAGUGCGGACCAUAUGGCCGACUACAUGGUGGACUACAUCAGAGGCCUGGACCUGUUCUACAUCCCCACUCUGCUGGCCCUUUUCCCACUGCUGGACGAUGAUGGACGGAGAGAAUUCCAGCAAUGGCCCAACUGCGUAGCUGCCGAAACUGCUACGCCAGAGUGGACUUUGGCAAGCACCUCAAGCCGUACAGACUUCGCCCCUCCAGCCGACCUCGACGUCGCUUUCUACGACCAGGAGGCCGACGAGCAAGGAGAUCUGAAUGUUGACUUGGUUCCGGAGGGCUCCUUAGUUGGAAGAGGCACCUUUCAGCGUAAGACAGGGCACGCAGGAGACUCCUCCACUAUGCAGGAUAUCAUCCGCACCCAUGACCUGAUAGCCUUGAACACGUGGGGCCCACAGGGUAAACGUUCGUGCACGUUUCUGCCGGCUGGCCCGACGGGCCACAGCCAAAUCGACUUUGCAAUUGCCAGACGUGGCCAGGCUGACCCGGUUUCCCGUACGGUGGCCCAACCUAGCUCUAGGCUGCAGAGGCAUAAGGUACAGCAGGUCUGUGAGCAACACCCUGAAGUUGAGUCUGCUUUUCGCGUGGAGCUUCAGCGUGCCAUGGAGUCACGCCUGAGCACCGCUGUCAAUCCGUUACAGAGCUAUGGCGACUUCGAGCCAUUGUCAAGCGUAGCCGACUCCGACCGUGCAUCACACUUCAAGAUUUUGUACGUCGGUGGAAAGAGCUUAGUGCUCUUCAAAGACAUCAACGGGAGCUCAGACGACACUGCCAACAGCUUCGGCGCCAGCGACUUUCCCGCCGCCAAUGGCAUGCCGCUGGACAUAGCUUCGACGGUUCGGACCAUCACAGAUUACUACCAGGUCAGGUGGGCACAGCUCCACUCUGCUCUAGCCAGUUUGCCUCGCAAUAAAGCCCUACCACCCGGAGUUGCCCCCUCUAGACUUUGGUGUAUUGCAGCCGACAUCCUCACGGACAAAUAUCUUCCUGUGCUCAACGGCUGGCUUGCAGACAUGAGUGUCCCUCCGCCGGAGGAAUGGCAUGUGGCAGAUCUGUGCUUGAUUCCGAAGCCCUCCAAACCGUUAACAGGUCCCGAAGCCCUUCGCCCCAUCUCCAUUUCGAAAGCCCUCUCCAUCAUUCUCAACAAUCACAUCAAACCCCAGCUAUGGCACCUAGUGGCAGAUCUGCCCCAGAUGGCAUAUCUUGAGAACCGCUCUGUGCAAGAUGCGCUAGACAGAGCAUCCGCCCACUGCGCCCGUGUCCGCGCGGUGCUCCGGGCACAGCGACAAAAUAUUCAUCUACGCCGACAGGGGCACCGGCAGGCCGAAUGCAAAGGCGGCGUCCUACUGUCCAUUGACCUUCGACAGGCCUUUGAUGUCAUGCCGAAAUCCAGACUUAAAGAGGCUAUGGACCUUGCCCAAGUAGACUUGGCAGCCCAGCAUGUCAUAUUGCAACUUCAUGCACAUGCUUGUCUUCGCAUUACGCAUGGCAAUCAAACCGCCUCGCUGGACACGGCCAAUGGAGUACGUCAGGGCUGUUGCUUGGCACCAUCUUUGUGGGUCCUAUACACAGGUCUCAUACUCACCUACAUUCGUAAGCAAGUUGACAUGGCCGAUUCCACUGUUUUCGCUGACGACUUUUUGUUCCAUUGGAUGGUUGACGGGGUCGUGCACCUGGAACAAGCCCUCACACACAUAGUCUUUGUACUAGAAACCCUUGAAUCCUUCGGAAUGUCCAUCAGCCCGGGCAAGUCUGCGGUCCUCAUCGGACUUCGUGGCUCCAAGGCUGGAUCGGCGCUGCGCAAACAUGUUAUCAGGGACCCGCGAAAAGGAGCUGUCCUUAGCUAUCAGUCCAUGGAGGCUCUCACUCUCAAAGAGCGAAUGCGCCAAUCUUGGAGCUCUUUUCAUCGCAUUUUACCAGCCCUCCGCUCCAACAGUGUCGCGUUGCAGCACCGCGUUCUGGAUGUCACCCGUCGAUAUCCCUACUUGCCUGAGCAACUCUGUGAGGUUGCUGUUGCAGCUGAUUGGCAUGUUAAAGCACAGCAUGCAGAGGCCUUUGUGUUCCACAGCGCGGUGCUCAAGUGCGCAAGUGCAGCCGCCCCAGACAUGCACGUGAGUGCCCAGUCCUGUAUCGUGCAGGCCUUCUCCUCCGGCUGUGUCAUGGAGUCGCACAUGAAGGAUGCCCUUCGCCAGGAGAUCCAGGAUGUGUCCAGCCAGGAAAUCCUGGCAGCAGCGGAUCAGGCGAACCUCCUUUCGGCCAUGAUGCGCAGGUCAGGGCAGCACAGGACCGAGCACAAGGGAGGCGGAGGCCGCGACGACGCCGGGACCCGAACCGGAGCCCAUGGAGACCAGAGGGACAAGAGGGCAGCGGAAAGUGCCAACCCGGCGGGAAAGGGCAAUGGAGAUCAGGAGAAAUGGCCCAAGCCCUCCGCCAAAGGCAAUGCCAGGACAUCCGAAGAUGGCUGGCAGCGGGAUCACAGCCAGACCUCCAACAGACGUCGCGGAGCUCAGGACCGUGCCUGGGGGAGCCGAGACUGGCCGACUCGUCAGGAGCGCUCGGAUCGCCACUGGAGGAGCGACUCGGACAGGGACCGCGACAAGGACAAGGCCAUCUUGAACCUUUGCCUGAGCAUGGGCAGGCUGCUUCUUCGCCACGAGGAUCAGUUUGGCAUCAAUCGUUCCCAGGACAACUACGUGAUGUUUGCCCAAUGCCAGGGUAUGUUGUCGAUGGUCCCGGAGCUCUAUGUCGCGGCCGAAGCCUGGAAAACCAUGAAGAAGGAAACCCCGGCCCUUCUUACUCUGCCUCUCCGGGCUUGGUUGCUGAAGCACUGGGUGGACCUGAUGCUCAAAAGGGUCGAGAUGAUUAUGACCAGCGAGGAGACCAUCCAGCAGGCCAAGGACAUGCUGAUCCUCGACGAGCAGUGCAAUGUUCCAUACCUGGAAUGGAAUCGCACCACCCGGGCUUUGCAGGUGAAACGGGACCGAGACCCGAUGACCCUCACCCAGGUCCUCGAGCUCCUGAAAACCAUGCAGACCCUGGUGAUCCAACCGAUGACGGUCAUGAGGUUUCAUGCGACUCGGGAGCUCUGCCAGGACAUGAAGUCGGAGGUGGUGCCGCUACUUCUGCAGGUCGGCUCAAGGACAGCCGAAGGGCAUCAACUAUGGAACUCCCUGCAGCGCUUGUGCCACAGUGCAGCCUGCCGAGUGACCGCGGUCUCCCUGCGCGGCGACAGAAUGGGCAGAUCGGCCUUGGGUGUGGCGGUGCAGAAGCUCGUCGAAGAAAUGUACGGAGCUUAA